CCAGAGGAUGAUGUCACCACAGACCCCGUGACCAUGGAAGACGAUGUCACUAUAGACCCCAUGACCAUGGCGGACGAUGUCACUGUAGACCCAGAGACCACAGAAGAUGGUCACACAGAGCCAGAGGAUGAUGUCACCUCAGACCCCGUGACCAUGGAAGACGAUGUCACUAUAGACCCCGUGACCAUGGAGGACGAUGUCACUGUAGACCCAGAGACCACAGAGGAUGAUCCCACUACAGACCUCAUAACCAUCGAGGAUGAUGCCACAGAACCAGAGACCACGGAAUACAGUGUCACUAUAGACCCCAUGAUCACAGAGGAUGAUGUCACUGUAGACCCAGAGACCACAGAGGAUGAUGUCACUACAGACCCAGAGACCACAGAAGAUGAUGUCAUUACAGACCCUAGGACCAUGGGGGAUGAUGUCACUACAGACCCCAGGACCACAGGAGAUGAUGUCACUGCAGACCCCAGGACCAUGGGGGACGAUGUCACAACAGACGCCAGGACCACAGGGGAUGACGUCACUACAGACCCCAGGACCACAGGGGAUGACAUCACCACAGACCCCAGGACCACGGGGGAUGAUGUCACUACAGACGCCAGGACCACAGGGGAUGACGUCACUACAGACCCCAGGACCACAGGGGAUGACAUCACCACAGACCCUAGGACCAUGGGGGGUGAUGUCACUACAUACCCCAGGACCACAGGGGAUGAUGUCACUACAGACGCCAGGACCACAGGGGAUGACGUCACUACAGACCCCAGGACCAUGGGGGAUGAUGUCACUACAGACGCCAGGACCACAGGGGAUGACGUCACUACAGACCCUAGGACCAUGGGGGAUGAUGUCACUACAGACCCCAGGACCACAGGAGAUGAUGUCACUGCAGACGCCAGGACCACAGGGGAUGACAUCACCACAGACCCUAGGACCAUGGGGGAUGAUGUCACUACAGACCCGAGGACCACAGGAGAUGAUGUCACUGCAGACCCCAGGACCACAGGGGAUGACGUCACUACACACCCCAGGACCACGGGGGACCACAGCACGGCACACCCCAGCACCACGGGGUAUUUUACCACGGAAAAUCCAGACACUCGCCCUGAGGGAACAGACUCGGUCUCAACAGUGAAACCCACUAAGCUCCUGACGCCCCUGGGCAUUAUCCUCGUGUCCCUGGCUGCAGCCACGGUCACUGUUGCACUGUGUGUUGGACUUGCCUUCAUCUUAGUGAGUAUUUGCCCCAGGGGCGAGAGGGUCAGCAUGGGACUGAGGGUAUCAGAUGAGGAGUUGGAGGCCAUGGGAAGUGGAGGGAGAACGGCAGGAGAAAUUGCAGAGUGGGAGGAGCCCUGCCCAGAGAGAGCUUUGCAAAGCUCAGGGAGAGACAGAGGUGGUGAGGAAGGAAAAAGGGGCAACCGGCAUAAAUGAUUAGUACAGAGGGGCCAGAGACGCCGCCUGCGACGCCCCGGCCAUUGCAGCCAUCUGGGGAGUGAGGCAGCAGAUGAAAGACCUCUCCCCACCCCCAACUCUGCCUUUCAAAUAAAUAAAUCUUCUUAAAAUAAAUUAAUUUAAUUAAUUAAUGCAAGAGGAGGCUCCAUGGGACAGGAGAAGGGGAGAAGCAGGUGAUAGAGCAGACAGAGAAACAGCGACACAGAUCCAGGAAGACCACGGAGAGCUGCAGCAGUCGAGAGAGCAGAGGAACAGAGACGUUGGGGCGGCGCACUCCCGGUGGGAACCACCUGCCUUUGGCUUAACUACUCAUCCCUGCUGCA